UAAUGUAUUGUUUGCUUUUAGUGUUGGUGUCAGUUUGAUUUGUAAUUUAAAGACAAUUUCUAAAUAAAUAAACGAUAGUCAAACAUAUGACUUGGCCGUCAGAUACAAUAAGCAAUACUCUGCAAUAUCAGUAAAUAUUAAAUACUGUGACAUAAUUUAUUAUAGAUGUUUAUAUCGAAAACAAGUAAUAUUUUCUGCGAACUUUUUAAGCAUAAUGGAGGAAGGAAAUUCAAUUAUAUAUGGUUUAGAACAUCAGACAAGAGCAUUGUCUCCGCAAUAUGGUGAAAGUGAAGCUAUCCGAUUUUUAAUUGGAACUCAAAGUUUGAAACCACAGUCGAAUCAAGUACACGUUGUGGAGCUUGAGGAAGAUACUGGUGCUCUACACACUAAGGUAUUCAAACACGAGAUCGGAGAGAUAUGGCACCUGCGCUGCUCUCCCCAUGAUGCUGCAACACUAAUGACAGUACACAACGCGUAUGACCCAAACACGGCGCAGUGCACUAUGGGGGUGUCUAUUUUUAAGUUACCUACAUUGGAGGUGAUACCUAAGGAUCUGGAUGACCUGAGUGCAAUUCAAGGCAGGAAUCCUGAGGAUAUGGAGCUCUUGAAAACAGUAUCACCUCUGAAAUCGGACGAGGAAAUCCGUUGCGCAGAAUGGCAUCCAACAGACUCUAAUCGCAUCGGUGUUGUAUACGACAACAAUAUGUCGGUACACGACCUUACGACUGGUGACAGUGUCGUCUCAGUGGCCCCAGAGAGACGCGCCCGGCUCAAGUUCACAGGGGGCAAAUGGAAUCCGCACCAAGGACAUUGCCAGUUCGCACUACUCCAAGAUACACACAUAAAAUGCUACGACACUCGUACAGACUGCACUAAGCCGUCGUGGUGCAUCGAUAGUGCACACCGACAACUCGCCAGGGACCUCGACUUCAAUCCUAACAGACAGUUCCAUUUAGCCAGCGCAGGCGACGACGCGGCACUUAAUAUCUGGGAUUACAGAAACGGCAAGGAGCCUAUCUUUAGCAGGACAGAUCAUUCACAUUGGGUGUGGACAGUGCGUUACAACUCGUACCACGAGCAGCUUCUACUGACGGGCAGUUCUGACGCGCGGGCACUGCUCACAGCUGCGGCCAGUGUGUGCAGCCACCUCGAUGACGAGGGCGCGCGACUUAGCAAAGUCCUUGAAGAUGGUGUCCUCCAAUCGUACGAGCAACACGAAGACUCUGUGUACUGCGCUGAGUGGAGCGCCGCGGAGCCCUGGACCUUCGCCUCGCUCAGUUACGACGCCCGACUUGUCCUGUCCCGUGUGCCGAGACAUUUUAAAUACAAAAUACUGCUAUAGUCAACUACAUUGACACAAUUGGCUUGUUUCUAGUUGUACAAACAGCAAACAGAAAAGACCAUUCACCCUGGCAUUGUAUUAAAUAGUUAUAUAUU